AUGACUGUCCCUGACGUCGUCCAAGCGGUUACGCACCCGCUUGAGAAGGGCUCCGAUCUCAACGCUCGGAAAGCCACCCUUGGUAACGUCCGCCUUAGAAGUCAAGAAAAUGACGAAAUCAUCCUGAUUCCGGCGCCGUCCUCCGAUCCCAAUGACCCAUUGAACUGGUCGCAAUGGCGUAAAAAAUACGUCGCUGUCGUGCUGUGCCUGGCCAUGGCCAUGUGCAAUUUUUUGGCGGCUGGGCCAUCAAUUGCCAUUGUGCAGACUGCCAUAGACUUCUUUCCGCAGACUGCGCAGAGUGACAGUCUCACGGCUUACGCCAUUCCCAGAGUUGCAUACUUCUUCACCUCAACGUCGCUGCUCCAAGGAAUCGGUAAUCUUUUUUGGGUCCCUGCUGCCAACAAAUGGGGUCGCAGACCUGUGUACAUUGCCAGUUACACCAUAUACCUUGCGACUGCCCUGUGGCUCAUCUUUGAGAAAUCAUACUCUGGGUUUCUCGUUGGUCGCAUCCUGAUGGGUUUUGGCGCUGGUGCGGCAGAAAUUCUAGCCCCAUUAACUAUAACCGACAUAUUCUUCCUACAUGAGCGAGGGACCAUCAUGUCCGCCUACACUUGCUUCCUCUCCAUUGGCGUUGCGUCUGGCAUGAUCAUCUCUGGAGGCAUCACCGCGAACGAACACUGGCGAACAAUCUAUCAAGUCAGCUCUGCCUUGAUCGGGGUUGUCCUCCUCCUGUUCUUCUUUACGCUCCCCGAAACGGCAUAUAAGCGAGUUCAGCCCGGCAAAGAUAUUUCUUCCGGCUUUUCUGCAGCCCUGGGGCGUAACGCGAGCCAGACAAGCGAUGUCGAGAGUGGGCAAUCUACUGUUCACAAGCAGACAUACACGCAAUCCCUCAAAGUCUUUAGCCGUCAGCCUUUCACCAACGAGAGCCUGUUGAAAAUGGUCAUACGGCCCUUUGCUCUGAUUCUCCUACCGCCAGUGCUCUGGGCUGCUUUGGUUCUGUCUGUGACUAUUGGCUUUCUUGUAGCUGUCACAUCGAAUGUUGACCCUGCCUUCGAGGAAGCCUACCGCUUUCAGCCAUGGCAGGUUGGUUUGUGCUUCUUUGCGGCCAUUAUCGGGUCGCUACUAGGUCUUCCAGCGGGAGGCAGACUUGGUGACUUGUGUGCAGACUAUCUGACGAAGCGAAAUGGGGGCAUUCGAGAGCCGGAAAUGCGACUUCCCAUCAUUAUGAUUUCUGCCAUUACGGCACCUCUGGCUCUUUUCCUUUUUGGUGUUGGCAUUGAGCACCGCCUGAGCUUUGUUUGCCCAACGAUCGGCCUCGCAUUGCUGAACUUUUAUAUAACACAGGCUACUACCGUAUGCCUCGUCUAUGUUAUUGACUCGUAUAGACCUGUUGCAGGCGAAGUUACUCUUGCCGUCAUGGGAUUCAAAUCACUAUUUGGAUUUUUCCUUUCCUUCGAGACAAACCCUUGGAUCAACAAGUCUGGCUAUCAAAAUACAUAUGGCGCCAUGGCUGGCAUCUCGGCGGCUGUCAUUAUCAUGUGGAUUCCCUUAUACUUGGGGGGCAAGGCGCUCCGAACGAGGACUUGGCGGUGGCGGAUUAUGUCAUUGGUGCGCUGGGCGGACGAUCGUGAGGUCGGCGAAUAG